AUGUACCUUAGAACUGUGAUGUUUUUGUUAGCUUCGGAUUACUCAGUAUCUUGGCCUGAUGGAACUUAUACUCUUCUACAGCCGUCCAAUGGAUGCCCUCCUGGUUUCUCCACUGGACACAGGGUUUGGUAUCCUGAACAUACCGGGCAAAGUACCUUCUCAGUUGACAACAAUCUGCAGGGUUAUGCUAAUCACAGUCAAAUUGCCUGGCACUUCUGUACAAAGAUAGAGGCUGAGGCCUCCGACACCUGGCCAGCUGGGAACUACUGUAUCUUAAGGAAUGGCGGCACAUGUCCGACAGGGUUUUCCGGUGGUUCUAUAACCUUCGACGAGGAUGACAGUGCGCCCAGCAGUAGACCUCAGGGAACGGGUACUCUACCGGACGGAAACUACAACACCAACUCUAAAUUGUACUUCUGCUGCAAAAACGAUGGGUCUGUGGCCAUUCAAGCCACAUUCCCAAGAUCUACGCCAUUUAUCCUGUACCCAUACACGGUGGCUAGUUGUCAGUUGGUCAGUGAUAUGACGGAUGUGCCCGGAUACACCUUCUUUGACUCCGAACCUAAUGGUAACGUAGACGACUCUGAUGGAAGCAUUCCAUACACCACGAACGGUCCACCUACCUGGUAUAUUCACCACUGUUACUACCAUUAG